ACCGCGGGCAACACGGAACGAGAACGCAUCCCAAGACCUUCUCGAUCGCUCUGUCCUCGUCGUGGCCAACUGCGCUGGAUUCGAUCAGCGAUGCGCUCCGCAGUCGUCGUCGUCCCGCUCACACCUGUCCUCCCCCUUACUUGAGUGCCGUUUGCGCUCCCAUUCCCUCGACGCAACCGCUUUGCUUCUCGCUCUUCGCUUUCUUCUCCUCUACUCUUUGUCUGCUACAUCGCUUUUGAGCGUCCCGAUCGGUCUAUGUUCGUUCGAUGGAGGUGCCGUCUCCCUCGCGUCCGUCGCAGCUGGAGUCGCUGGUGCUCUGGGUGCAGACCAACUACGCAGAGCCGUUGGAUUCACUGAAGCAGUCGCUCCGCAUCGCCUACGUCGUCUUCGCCUUCUGCUCCGCGCUCUUCCUCGGAGCCCUCAAAGCUCUGGUGGUGGGUCCUGUGGCAGCGCUGCUGCUGAUUCUUGGGAACGUUGGGGUGAUACUUGGACUGUUUCCAGCUCAUGUGGCCUGGACUGUCUACUCUAUUGUCAAGACGGAUUCCAUAAAUGCAGCACUUAAACUUGCCUUUCUUUUUGCUCUUCCCAUAUUUGUUGGGCUGUGGUUGGCCCUUGCCAUCUUUGGGAGUGUCCUGGUUGGACUUGGUUAUGGGUUUGUUACACCCUGGGUGUCAACCUUUGAGGCCUUCCGAAAGGAUGGUGAAACAAAUAAAUUUCUUCACUCCAUUGUGGAUGGAACAUGGAGUACUAUCAAAGGGAGUUGCACUGUGGUUAGAGACUUUGCAGAUAUCUGUUACCACUCAUAUCCACUUUACUUAAAGGAGUUAAGAGAAAGUUCACAUGAUCAUCAGCCAUAUUCAAUUAGGUUGAUAGAGGUUCCUGCUUGUGUUGUUGUUGCGCUGAUGGGCUUAAUUGUUGAUAUCCCACUUUACACUGUCAUUGCAUUGAUAAAAAGCCCCUAUAUGCUAUUUAAAGGCUGGCAGAGGCUUCUACAGGACCUGAUAAGCCGAGAGGGACCAUUUCUUGAGACAGCUUGUGUGCCUGUUGCUGGUCUCGCCAUUCUGUUCUGGCCUCUAGUUGUUGUUGGGAGUGUCCUGUUGGCGAUAGUCUCAAGUAUCUUCAUUGGAUUGUACGGAUCGGUGGUUGUGUAUCAGGAGAGAUCUUUCAAACGAGGAGUUGCCUUUGUGGUUGCCAUGGUUGCGGAGUUUGAUGAAUACACUAAUGAUUGGCUAUAUCUACGGGAGGGGUCCAUUCUUCCAAAGCCUCGGUACCGAAAGAGGAAGAUAUCUCACUCAGCAGAAUUUUCUGUUGGAGCCAGUUCUGUUAGAGGGGUUAAAGCUGGUUAUGGUUCUUCAGGGGCUCCUGCAAUGUUAGUCCCUAGCUUGGCUCCUUCAAGAUCCGUUAGAGAGACAAUACAAGAGGUGAAAAUGGUGCAGAUAUGGGGUGAGAUUAUGAAAUCCUGUGAAAUGAGGGGCAAGGAACUUGUGGAUACAAAUAUAAUCACAAUGUUUCAUCUGAGUGAUUGGUUACAAACCAAAGGAGCCAACCAGGAAAUAGUUGGUGUUGGUCUACCUUCGUAUGCUUUUUUGCACACUCUUCUCGACUCUAUCAAGUGUGGAUCAGGUGGAUUGUUAUUGAGCAAUGGUAUUGAAGUUACUCACAUGAACCGACCACAAGAUAGAUUGUUGGAUUGGUUCUUCCAUCCUGUGACAGUACUCAUGGAGCAAAUCAAGGUCAUAAAGUUGAAAGAAGAUGAAGUCAGGUUCUUGGAGAAACUAGUUCUUUUCGUGGGUGACAACUCAACAAUGGGAGCCUUGGACAAUGUCUUUAUGGUUCCUCAAGAUGUUAUUAGGACUGCACAGAUUCAGGCGAUUAGCAGAAGGUUGGUUGGCAUGACGAGGAGCGUUUCAAAGUUUCCGACCUACAGAAGGAGAUACAGGCAAGUCGUAAAGGUUCUUAUGUCUUACUUGAUUGAGAGCGAAGGGUCUCUUGAGAGAGGAAGGUCUUGCCGAACGCAUUCAACUAGAUCGAUUUCUUCUGCCGAGAUUGUACCAGCUGAAGUCUAGUGAUGCUUUUUUUAAUUUUUAAUUUUUUUUUACCUUUCUUAUUGUUGGUUUUAUGUUGGGCAAUGUCCAUAGUAUAUUGAGUGCUUAGAUCAGUGAGUGAAGGUAGUUGAUAUCUACUACACAAACUUCAGCCUAAAGAUUUGAAAUGGAUGUGCAUGAUAGGUUUUUUUAUUGUGUCAUGUCACUUGUAAAUUCUGUACUUGGUAGACAGCAAAAAUUCAGUGAAGAUAGGAAGUCAUGGUGAAGUUUGUCUUUUGUUAUCAAA